AUGGCAGAUUUUGACGAACCACUUUGCGGCUGUUUGCAAGAUAUGUUCAGUUGCCUUAUUGUAUUUUGUGUCCCUUGCGGAGGAAUUUGUAUUCAAGCCUAUUCAGUUGAUAAAGCAACAAGUUCAGGGAUGGUCUGUCCAUUUCUGUGGUCAUGCUGCUUAGGAUGCAUUGGAUCAGCUGUUAACCGUGGACAAAUCAGACAGAAAUACCACAUAGAAGGGAGUUUUAUAAUGGAUUGCCUCAUUUCAUGUUUCUGUGGGUGCUGUGCUGCCACUCAAGAAUACAGGGAAGUCAUGAAUAGAGAAAGACCUAAAUAA